AUGGACCGCGCCUCGCAUGAGCCCCGCAAAAUCGGGCGCUUGCCUAUGUUGGGUGGUGGUGGUGGUGCAGCUAGUGCGCGCACGCCUCGCUCCGCCGCACGCACGCCGCCCCCUCCACGCAGUGCCGAUCGCUCGUUGCGAUGGUCGUUGGACGAGGCGCUCGGCGAGUCGCCUCUGGUCGGCACAAGCCUUGCUACAAUGCACAUGCCGACAGAGACAUGGAGUCCAUCGCCACAGCCUAGGCUAAUGCGGCGAUCCCCUGAGCCAAACGACGGUGAUGACGCUGAUGACGAUGGCUCUAUGGACGAUGACGACGACGAAGAAGAAGAAGACGACGAGGACGACGACUACCGCCCUCCUCUGCAUGAAGACGAUGACGACGACGGCGAGGACGGAGAGAGCAAUGCUAGUGCCAACGAUACGUUCCACGAGUCGGAGCAUGUCUUGGAUACGUCGUUUGGGCGCACACGCAAAACGCCUUCACGUAUCUCGCCGCCCCGCUCCCAUGCGAAAGAGCGUAAGCCACCUAGCGCUUCGAAACCCAUGUCGCAUACGCCACGUCGGACACCUGCGACAUCGCGACCGAUUGUCCCUGCUUCGACGGACUACUACGACACGAUUGAUUUUGACAAAAUUACCGAUCCGUUUAAGGAUACACGCCGUGCGUUCAUGCGCGGCCAAGCAGCGGAACCGCCCGCCGCGUCGUCUCCGCCGCGCCGUGCGUCAGUACAAGCAGCCUCAACGUCACGCGAACCUUCCCCUCGCAAAGAGAGUGGCGCAGCUUUCCCUACGGAGGCGGCGUCGGACGUCGCCGCUGCGCCCAUGCGUUCCCCCGCCGUCGCCGUCGCCGUCGCCUCGCCACGACGCAAGCCAGCUGUGCACGCAUCACCUACACACCAAGCAGAGCCUCGCUCUAGGAUGCAUGCACCUUCGCCGCCGCAACUUCCCAGCACGUCCGCCGCGCCACGCCCACCUGCGUCAUCGUCGCCGAUCGCCUCCGUGACGUCGCGCAGAUCGCCGACAGCCUCCCCCAUCGCGCCAGUGGCACGACGUCGGUCACCUACACCUACGCCGAUGGCCAUGGACUCGCCACCAAAGCCCCGGGUCGCAUCGCCGCCGAAGCCGUCGCCGCCCAAAGCAACGCAUCCUCGACCUACACCACGCUCACCUGUCCGUGCCAUCCCGCCCACGUCGCCCCCCCAGCAGAUGUCAGCCUUUGCCUCACGCUCCUCCCCGCCACCUGCCUCGUCAUCUCUCCCUUCUGCACCUGCACCGACCCGAUCCAAUCGCUUGCUGACUGAGGAGCUGCUCAAAUGGAAGAAACGGUGCGCCGAGUUGGAAGACGAACUGGAUGCGAUGCAAGAUCGGCUGGAUCAUGCGCAGGACUGGUCAAGUGAGCAGACGACAUGGCAGCAGCAAGUCGAGCAGCUUCAGCGCGGGCGCGAGCAGGACCGACGUGCGAUGCGGCAGCGUGUGCGUGUACUGGAGUCACAUAUGGCCGAUACAAAGAUUGAAUACGACAAUCGGUACUGGCGUCUUCUUACGUCGUCGUCAGAUCCAGAGGAUACGGUGCAUGUCCAGCUGGUCUUGGAGCAGAAUCGCGUUACACAACUGCAAGCGGCGUUGGCAGAAGAGCGGCGACGUGUACGUUUGGCCGAGGAGCAUACCGCCUUCCUGGUUGGGCUGCACAAGUGGCGGGGUACCCAAGCUCUAGCAGCCCAAACUGACGAGGUGCAAGCACUUCGCUCGCACCUGGCGCAUGUUGAGCAGCAACUCGCGAUGGAGACAGCGGCACGCGAAGCGGCAGAGGCGGCGUUGGCCUCAUCGUCAGCGUCGUCAUCUCGACCUCUGCCGGCGCCGACCUUGACGUUGCCGGCCGGCGAGCCGAGUACGAUCCCGCCGCCGUCGCCAUCGCCGUCGCCGUCGCCGGCACCGACGCCAGCACCGCCCCCCGCACUGGACAUGCCGCUGCGUAUGCCGCCGACGGAGCCUGGUAUGCCGACAGCCUCGCUGGCCGACGUGGAAGGGAUCGUAUCCGUGGACGAGGCCCCGGUGAUUGUAUCGCCUACACAUUUACCAACCCACACUAUGAACGACGAGGCGGACAUCACGCCGCCUCCACGAACACUGCAACCGGGCCUCACACCGAUGCUGCAACGGACCGCCGUCACGGCCGUGGACCUGAACGCGGACGAGACGCCCAUGCUGGGCACGCGCAUCCGCCCUGACUUGGCCGAGGAGGCGGCGCAGCCUGCGCGUCCCGUCGCUCGGAAGAAAAAGCGCAAGCUGCUAGGCUCAGGCGCCGGGUUCUUCAAGCUGAACGAGGGCACUGCCACGCUAUCGCCAGGCCUCGAUGUACCUACGGAUUUAGCUUUGCCAUAG